GAAGUGUUCACAAGUAAUUAACAAAAUGUCGUCAGGAGGUACAAGAUUAACUUUUAUAAUAAAACGUGGAGAAGACGCCGCUUUCCGAGAUUUCUGUUCAUUUCCUACUGGGAAAGCGACACCCGAUACCUGGGGAUUGAUAUCUAAAACACUGAAUCAACAAGAUAGAAAAAUAAAGAAGUACGUCGGUCAGAUAAAAAAGAAAUGGAACGCAACCAAUAGACUUCCAAGAAGAGAUCUUCUGGAAAAGCUUGCAAAAUCUAAAAAUGGUGAUUUAUACACGUCUGAUGUAUCAGAUUUUAACGAUUCUCUAGAAGAAAAGAGAUCACCGAAAACCAGUAGCGUAGCUUCAGAAACAAUUAUACUGUCACCAAAGACAUUUUGUCUUGGAACUGGAGAAAGUGGGUCCAUGCCAUCGUCUAUCAGUUUCGCUGAUGGAACCUUAAGCAGCCAAUCAGACGGUCUGAUGAUCGAAAGACAGAAUCUACAAAAGGAAAUCCAACAACUUCGUGAAGAGAACAAGAUGUACCAAGCAGCAAAAGCAGCUCUGGUUGAAAAACGCAAGAAAUUGUCUAGAGAAAGGCAGGUCUUGGCAUCCCAGCGCAAAAAGUUGGAGUACGAACUAUGUUCACCACCCUCGUUUUUUUCUCCGUCGUACAGUCCUAAACAAUGGGCAACUUGUCGACCAGGAUGGUAGUUUCAGUCUGAUUUUCAAUGAGAAUCAGACGUCUGUGGUUCCUGCAAUUCCACUAAAUCUACGUGUUUGAUGACGUCACUGAAGGACCUUAUGUAUUAAAGAAAAUUUCGCAAUUAGUGACAUCAUCACAAGCGUUGUUUAAGUGGAAUUGCAUGUACCACAGACGUCUAAUUGAAAAUUGGAAUGGUGCAAAUUGAUGCAUUCAGCGACCUCGAUACACAUAACAAAUUUAAUAUGUAUUAUAUUGAGUGUAAUGAGUUAAAAAGUUAUUUAUUUAUUUUUUGUGUUCGAAUUAUUAUUUUUUCAAUUCAAUAAAUAGUCAUUUUCUUUGAAAUCUUGAGUAAAAAUCUCCCAGUAAUGAAUUAUUUAGGGAUUUCAGAAAUAAAAUUUGAAACAGUUGUAUCAAUUC